AUGUUGAAUGCAAUUCUCAUCAUUUUUAUAUUCUUCCUUGUUACAUUUCUGAAAACUAAAGAUUUCUUUACUGUUCUUCCGAAUCUUUCAUGCAACAGCAUAACAACAACUGAUGAAAGACCAGUUUUUGAGAAAAACAUUACUCAAUGUACUCGAAUUCCGCCGCGUCUCUUAACGCCGGAAUCUGUUCACGAUUUACGUCCGGAUGAUAUCAAAUACGUUAUGGCUUUAGGAGAUAGUAUAACGGCUGGAUUCGCUGCAAAAGGACGGCUGUGUAAUGGUAGUCCAUUAACUUUGCGUAAUCUAAAUGAGAAUCGCGGUGUUAGUUUCGCGGCUGGCGGAGAUGAAAAUGCGGAAACGAUACCAAAUUUUAUUAAUUUUUAUCGUGGGGAUGUUGUUGGUGCUUCUGUCGGUGAUCACUUAGUUGAAGUUUGUGCAGGCAAAUUAUGCCCAAAAAAUCAAUAUAGACCUGAAGUGGACCGUCUAAAUGCAGCACAAUCGGCAGCGAGUGUAGUAAACCUUUUACAUGAAGUGCAGUAUCUCUUAGAGCAAUUGAAAAAAAUGCCAGCUGAUUUCACUAAAAGUUUCAAGUUCAUGAACCUAUUAAUUGGUGCCAACGACAUUUGCAAUAUUUGCACUACUGAAAAAGCUUCACCGCAUGAAUUCGAAUCAAAUCUCCGUGCAACACUGGAGAUUAUCGAACAAAAUGUUCCAAAUACUAUUGUUAAUAUAAUGGGACUUUUUAACGUUUCACAAGUGUAUGCUUUCUCUAAAGGGAAGAGUUAUUGUCGAUGGUUGUAUGUGUUGCCGCAGGUUCAGUUUGGUUGUGCAUGUGCUUUCUUACCUGGACGCCUUGGAGAGAUUAAUCGCGCACGAAUGGAUGAAAUCACCAUGAAAUACAAUCAAGCUAUUCAACGAAUAAUAGAUGAUUAUGCUUCACGUCCACCGAAACCUUCUUUUGGUCUUAUUUAUCAACAAUUUAAUCUUAAUUUAAUGACUUUUCCUAUAGAAGCAGUUAGUAAUAUUGAUUGUUUUCAUCCAAGCUUGCUUUCACAUCAGUAUACCGCAAAAGUCAUUUGGAAUAAUUUACCAGUCCCGCAAUUUUCGCGUAAUCCUGAUGUUGUUUGGGAUCCUGACCUGGGUACACGCUGUCUUAUGGAAGAUGAUCGUAUUCGUACAAUACAUGACAAAUCUUGA